AUGCACUUAAUAAACGUGUUCAGAAUUGCAAAUAGCAAAAGGUGGGCUCGGCUCAUUUCUUUUAAUAACAAUCGCUGUGCGUUUGUCUUUGUUUAUAUUAAGAGAAACAAAUGUGAUGUUUGAAGUGAAGGAAAUAUAAAAUGAAAAUAAAUGUAAAUGCGUAGAUAUGUACUUAAAAACUAAUCGCACGCUAUUCUUAUAAAUCAACCGAGUAUAGUGUUCUGCAAAAUACCAACGACUACAAUAAUUGCAUAAAAUGUUUUGUCACUCUCUAAUACAACAACUUAAUACAACAUAACCAUCCGGAUAAUGAGCAAAUGGUUGCUAAUUUGGCUUAGAGUGACCCAAAAUUAGUUUGUUACGUGACGAGGCAGCUAACUGGUUAGUCACUGGAAGCACCGCAAUCAUGACGGAAGGCAAACGCCUGUUGAAUGGGGCAAAGUGCCGUAUAAUUACUUCACAAAAUCCAUCUACGACAAGCAAGAGUCUCGUGGGGGUCAUCGAUGAAGGCACCAGCAGCGUUCAAUUCUCAUUAUACUCGGUGCCUUUCUUCAAAGAAGUGGCAAACUAUCAAAUCGAAUUGACGAUGAUCACACCGCAGGAUGGCUGGUUUGAACAAAACCCGUUGGAACUGAUGGAUGCCAUUUAUGAAUGCUGCGAAAAAGCUUGCGCUCAGCUACCCGCAUUGGGCUACAGCGUUGCUGAUAUUAGCUGCAUUGGAAUUACAGAUCAGCGAGAAACGACUAUAGUUUGGGAUUCACGUACUGGCCAGCCGCUGUAUAAUGCGCUUGUUUGGAAGGAUAUACGAAGUGAACAAUGUGUUGAUCGAGUACUGUCCAAAUUAGAUAAUCAUGACAAAAAUUAUUUUAAGCAUAUUUCUGGCUUACCUGUUUCACCAUAUUUCUCGGCGUUGAAAUUGCGUUGGUUGUUUGAUAAUGUAGCCGAGGUGAGGAAGGUGCAUCGUGAAGGUUUUUGCAAAGCUGGUACAGUUGACUCGUGGAUUGUGUGGAAUCUUACCAAAGGCGCCUUGCAUAUUACCGAUGUCACAAAUGCCUCACGCACUCUACUUAUGGACAUUGAUACACUGCAUUGGCAUCCACAGCUGUUGCGCACUUUCAAAAUAGAUAAAAAAAUUCUGCCUGAAAUUCGCAGUAGUUCAGAAAUCUAUGGCCCCAUCACUAGCGAUCGGUGUGUGCUCACUGGUGUACCGAUUAGUGGUAUUCUUGGCAAUCAACACGCUUCAUUGCUGGGACAGAUGUGCAUCAAGCCAGGCCAAGCGAAGAAUACCUACCGUUCCGGCUGUUUUCUUUUAUGCAAUAUUGGCGAUCGUCCAGUUAUUUCGGCGCACGGCCUAAUUACCACGGUCGCCUAUAAGCUGGGACCAAAUAAACCGGCCACAUAUGCACUGGAGGGAUCAGUAGCUGUAGGCGGUCAUGCUUUACGUUGGUUGGAGAAUCGUUUUCGUCUGUUAAAAGAUUACGCAAAAGCGGAACAAUGUGCUGAGGAGGUGUCCACAACGGGAGAUGUGUAUUUUGUGCCUGCUUUUACGGGUCUCUAUGCGCCAUAUUGGCGGAAGGAUGCACGUGGUUUAAUAAUUGGCCUGACGCAAUACUCCACAAAGCAUCACAUAGUGCGUGCUGCCCUUGAGGCGAUCUGCUUUCAAACGCGCGACAUACUGGAGUGCAUGCAUCAGGAGAGCGGUUUUCAGCUGAAUAAAUUGCAUGCUGAUGGCUCGAUCAGCAUGAAUAACUUACUAAUGCAAUUACAGGCCGAUACGGCAGGACUGACUGUUUUUCGAUCUCAAUUGACUGACACUACAGCAUUUGGUGCUGCAUUGUGCGCCGCGCAAGCGGAAGGCAUCGACUUAUUCUACUUUCAUCCCGAUGAAUUGCCUUACGAUGUUUUAGACUACGAUACUUUCUUACCAACGAGCACCGAAGAUGAACGCUAUUAUCGUUAUGGUAAGUGGAAGCGCGCAGUGGAGCGCAGUAUGGGCUGGGUAAUUAAGAAACCUGUGCGUCAAAUAACCGAUGAAACAUACAAGCUAUUAUCCUCGGUACCGGCGGCAUUGUUCGUCAUGAGUACUUUUGCCAUGAUUAUUCACUCGGCGAGGAGGUAGCUUAAAUGUAAAAAUUGUACAUAUUCACAUACAUACUCGUAUGUUUAAAAGAGUAAACGUGUUUAUAUGUAUGUUCAAAUAUGCAUGUACUUAUGAAGCUAAAAGCCUUACUUAAUUUGUUAACUAAAUAGUUUUAUAUAGCAGGAGUUUUGCUUUGCUGAAUUUUGCACCAAUACUUACCUAAGUACAUGUACUUAUAUACAUAUGUAUCUAGCUUUUAAGUAUGCAAGUUAAUUUACCCGGUCACGGUUGUUUUAAAAAAAACAAUUUUUAUCCGGUGAACGGUCUUUAUUUGUUGAAACUUAAUUUACAACUGACUUAAAAAUUAUUCUUAGUUCUAAUACUAAAGCUAAGCCCGUGUGCCAGCAACGUGACCCAUUCUUUUCUGAAUAGGCGUUUCCCACGGAAACGCCAAUCGCUGCUCUGGUAUCUCUUCAAAAGCGUUGCUCGUGUGGAGUGUUGGGUUACCGUCAUACUUUGGUUGAGGUGUGUGAACUGUUGCGUUAGCUUGCAGUUUACUAUUAUACGAGAACCCACACACUUGUGCUCAAGGGUAUUAUAAUUUUGUAUGUAACAGCAUACAGGAAUGAAGAUAGAGAUAGACAUAUGCACACAAUAAUUGUAUAUAUCAAAAUGUUCAGAACGAUAAGAGGGAUCGUGCGUUAACUGAUACACAUAUUACUCAAUCUACUAUCCAAGGUAGUUUGGUAUUAAAAAUGGACAAAAAACGGGCAAUAACCACGCUCUCUUGUCGAAUAAGGGACAAAUGACGAACUUAAAGAUAAAUACUGACGCAAAUAAAA